GAUCCGAAUCCCCAAAUGAUUCAAAUCCUUGGAUCGGGUAUCCAAGAAAGUCCAUCUUAUGAAUCUCUGGUCCUUGCACUUCUUACUCAAAAUAUCAAGAUUCACUGAACCCAUUUUUCACUUCUCUCUAUAUCUCAUCAUCAACACAUUCAACUAGGACCUGCCUGAUAAGUGUUAAUGUUGUUUCACCAUUUAUCGAAUGAAAAAGAUGCAUAGCAGUAGGAUUGUUGUCCAGGCAUUGCCUGCGCCUGGGGCUCCAGACUAUUGGGACACUGAGAAGAGUAAGAAGAGUGGUACUAAACUGAGAAAGCUGAACAGCAACGCUUCUUUUAGCAGAGGAAAGUAUAACAAAGAUGUUGAUGACUUCAUUCCUCGGCAGUCAGAAAGAAUAAGAAACAAGCAAAAUAGGAGGAUCAAUGCUUUGUGUUUAGGAGCUCCAGCGAGGAUCAUGAAUCAAGAAAAUAAUUCACAUAUAUUGUCUUCUGACAAUAUGAAAUCAAGUACACAAGUAAGAAGUUGCAUUCAGGACUUGAGUGCAUGGAAGGUAAAGAAAAAAAGAAGCAUUCUGAACAGCAAGUCCAAUUCCUUGGAGAAUAAUGUAAUUACUUGUGAACAGGAAAAUGCUGCUUCUGUAGAUGAAGGUAGAACUUCAGAGAUGGGAGUUAACACAUGCUAUGAAGGAGAUCUGGUGAUCAGCAGUAGUGAGAUAGGGGCAUGUCCGCCUAAGAAUACGUGCGAUGGGGUAGAAGAAACUAGUCGGAAGAAUCCCUCUAAGUCUGGUACUGAUUGUGAUCUUGAAACUUGUAGUGAUAGGUGCAAUGACAUUUCUAAGGGUCACAUUUUUGUUACUUCAGAAUCAAAAUCUGUCUCUGAAGUUGAAAACCGGAACGAGGCAGUUCCUAAUGUAGACAAUAGUAUGACUUCUGAAAGUGGUGUCAACAAUGCUGCAAUUGAGAGGAGGGGUCUACGAAUAUACCCAAGACUGGAAAUGCUGAUAACUUAUUCCAGGAAGAGGAGAAAGAAUUCUAGUGCUCCUGCAAGCAGUUUACCAUUUAUCACGACGAAUGCUACCUCCUCUUUCCCAAUUACGGAAAACAAAACAACCACCAGCUCAGAUCGCUACCAAGUGUCUAUAUCGUACUCCAAUAAUUUGCCUGAAGAAGUCACUGCCGGAGGUGGUACCUUGUUGAUGGGUGUGCAACAAAUGUUAUUAGAGAAGGCAGCAGGUGACAGUUCAUGCAGUGAAACAUGGAAUAAAAAGGAAACAAUUCAGGAUGAUAAUCAGAAAGGGAACAUCAACAGUUCAGUGGCUUCCAUCAAGGAUGAGUCUCCAAUAAACUCCAAGACAGAAAGUUCUGAGCAGGAGAAGAGAAACGAGACAGACGCUGUCGUGAAUAUGUCAUAUGAUAUUGAAUUCGCUAAAGAGAGUUCGCGUUAUGCAAUGCCAUGUGAUCUUAGGGCCUCCAGUGACACUCAUUGUAUUAUCACAACCAAUGAACCCUUGAAUGGGGAAAGACAAUCAGCAACUGAAGAUAGUCCUUCUCAGUCAAGAGCGAGUGGUUUUGUAGCUGAGAAGAGCCAAAUCACAAAUGUGGGUAUCAUCCCUCCCUUGGGGAGAGCGCUUAAUGCACAUUCCAGUAAAAAGCUUCUUGUACUUGAUGUGAAUGGAUUACUUGCUGAUAUUGUUCCACUUCGAUACGUCCCAUAUAGUUUGGAGGCGAGUAUCAUUGUAUCAGGGAAAGCAGUUUUCAAAAGGCCUUUCCAUGACGAUUUUCUGCAAUUCUGCUUCGAGAGAUUCCAUGUAGGUGUAUGGUCAUCAAGGAUCAAGAGAAAUAUGGAAUUGGUUCUUGAUUUUCUGUUGGGAGAUGCCAAGCAAAAGUUGCUGUUUUGUUGGGAUCAGUCCCACUGCACUGAUACAGGUUUCCCUGUUGUUGGGAAAAGGAGGAGCAAGCCUAUUAUCUUGAAGAAGCUAAAAAAGUUGUGGGAUAAUUAUGAACCGGAUCUUCCGUGGGAGAGAGGUGAAUUUGAUGAGUCGAACACUCUUCUAUUGGACGACUCUCCUCACAAAGCAUUGUGUAAUCCACCAAACACAGCAAUAUUUCCAAAUUCAUACCACUACAUGGAUGAGAAAGAUGACUCGUUAGCAGGGCCUGGUGGUGAUUUGCGUGUUUAUCUUGAAGGAUUAUCCAUGGCAGAAAAUGUUCAAAAGUAUGUGGAGAGUAAUCCAUUUGGUCAACGACCUAUCACUGAAAAGAACGCGUCUUGGCGUUACUAUCGUAAGGUUAUUGCAGCUGAUGCGUAUUUACAAGAAAGCCGUGCUAACAAAUUCUCUACUUAUAAAUGUCGACACUGAUGGAAGCCUUGAUUUCUGCAACGGGUGUCUUUUUGUAUCAUAUUUGGCUCAAUAGCUUUUGGAUACAGGCAACAGCAUAGAACUUUUGGUUUUGCUUUGUAGCCAGCACAUCUAAAAACAGAUUUUGCAUAUAUACUUACCUUAUCCCUAACCCAAAUAUGUCUAGUUAUUUCUGCCCCAGCUAUAAACUAUUUGGGGAGCAAGUUGUAAAUCUUAGGGCUAAGUUUUGUUUUUGUUGUAUAAUAGUACUAAUCCCUGAGAACAUGCGUUUUCGCUGUAUACUUAUACUAGUCCUUGGGACCAUGCAUUUCUGUUGUAAACUUUGUACUAGUCCUUGUG